CUCUCAGCUUCACUCACACAGUUAGUCGGCGACUCUUACAUCAUCUCUGCAAAAUAUUCCUCAACAGGUCAAGAUGCUGGUAUUUACCUUUUAUUUAAUUCUUGUGCCUCAGCUGUUAAGCUAACGGACUCGCCGCUUGGGAGUGUUACCAUGGUGACAGGCGGAUGGAAUAGGGCUCAGAGCCGCAAACCGGCAAAACCGAAGCAGAAGACCGGCAAAGGCUCUGAGCUCCUGAAGGGAACUCAGGCAGAGACCCGCAGAGGGAUACCGGUGAGCCGAUCCAAGGAGAUAAAGCUUUCCAAGAAAGUUCCACCUAAGAAAGAAGAGCGAGUUCACACCGGUUCAGGUCCAUAUAAGCAUGAAGAUGCAAAGUCAAGGAAGAAGAUCAUCAGGAGAUCUCAAAGACUUCAGGACCCUUCAGGGAGCAGGAGGAGUGGGGUGAGAAGAAGCACCCGGCCGACCACACAGACCGGCAGAUACCAGGCCUCUAAUGUGUUUAAUGGGAACAACAACCAUGGAAGCCUGAAUGGGACAAACAACCUGAGGAAAAACCCACUGAUUAGUAACAACAAAGAUGGAACGAAUUACUCCAAAGCCCAGAGGAAUAAAACAUCAGGACCACUGCAGAGGGAACUUAGUGACUCCGAUGAGGACGAUGGUGAUACCGCUGAUGUAGACAGCGGGCUUGGAACAACUGCAGAUGAGGACAGUAACUGCAGCAUGAACCAGAACUUUGACGCUAGACCGGGUCAGGAUUCAUCCAUGAAUGAGGGAUCCAGCAGCAAGUUUCUGAACAGAACCUCCCUUACAGGAACGAACCCGAUCCGCGGGCGAGCCUUCAGAGUGACUCAGAGUGUUUGGUCGAAUGACUCUGAUGAUGAUGACUCAGACAGUGAAGAUGAAAAGGAAUCUAGCAGGUCAGCGGAGAUAAGGAAUCUCUAUAAUGUAAGAGGCAUUUUCCAUGAUUUGUUUUGCAGCCGAGCUCACGGUCUGCGUAAAGAGGAGCUUUUCAGGACCCGCAGAGACAAGUCUGCAGGAGCAGGUCUGGCUGACAUCGAUCCCAUGGCUAUCGAUCAGUUUGUGGGCUUUGACAGCAUUGGUGGACUGGAAGGUCACAUCUCAGCUCUAAAGGAGAUGGUGGUCUUCCCUCUUCUCUAUCCAGAAGUCUUUGACAAUUUCAAGAUUCAGCCUCCCAGGGGUUGUCUGUUCUAUGGUCCCCCUGGGACAGGGAAGACGCUGGUUGCCAGGGCGUUGGCCAAUGAAUGUAGCCACGGUAACAGAAAGGUGUCUUUCUUCAUGAGGAAGGGAGCCGACUGUCUCAGCAAGUGGGUGGGCGAGUCGGAGCGGCAGCUACGGCUGCUGUUUGAGCAGGCGUAUGACAGACGUCCCUCCAUCAUCUUCUUUGAUGAGAUCGAUGGUUUGGCUCCUGUUCGAUCCAGCAAACAAGAUCAGAUCCACAGCUCUAUCGUUUCAACUCUGCUGGCUCUGAUGGACGGGUUGGACAGUCGAGGGGAAGUGGUGGUUAUCGGAGCGACAAACAGGCUGGACUCCAUCGACCCGGCUCUGCGGCGCCCUGGACGCUUCGAUCGGGAGUUUCUGUUCGGCCUUCCUGACAGAGAGUCACGUAAAGAGAUCCUUAAGAUCCACACCCGGCAGUGGAAACCUCCUCCUUCUGCAGACUUUCUGGAUGAACUUGCAGAAAAAUGUGUUGGUUACUGUGGUGCUGACAUUAGGGCAGUGUGCACAGAGGCAGCUCUGUGCGCUCUGCGCCGCCGCUACCCACAGAUCUACGGAACCUCCCAGAAGCUCUUGCUGGACGUCUCGUCCAUCUCCGUCAGCAGCUGUGACUUUGUGGCAGCCAUGAGGAAGAUGAAACCGGCCUCUCAGCGUUCCAACGCCUGUCCUACCAAACCGCUGUCCAGGGUGGUUCGGCCCCUGCUGGAAGCUGCUCUGUGCCAAAUCCUUGAGGUUGUGCAGAAGUUGUUUCCACAUGCUGAGCAGGGGAUGAAGAGGAAAUGGGAUCCGGACCUGACCUCUGGCGACGAUGGUCUGAUGAAUGGAGCAGAUGGAGGCUCCUCAACCUGCAGCAUCUCUGCUCCUUCCACCUCCCAGAGGAAAACCUUCCUGCACUUUGCCAGGAGUGCAGUACAACACCCAAUGGCCCACCGCCCCCGAAUGCUCCUGGUGGGUCGCCCAGACUCUGGUCAGACCUCCCACCUGGCCCCUGCGAUCGUGCAUGCUCUGGAGCGUUUCACUGUCCACAGCCUGGAUGCUGCUGUGUUGUUUGGGCUCAGCAGCACCUCGCCUGAGGAAGCCUGUGCACAGGUGUUCUGCGAGGCCAAGCGGACGUCUCCCAGCAUCCUCUACAUCCCUCACAUCCAGCAGUGGUGGGACACGGCAGGAUCGGCACUCAGGGCCUCUUUCCUCAGCUUGCUAGGCAGCAUCUCCCCAUUCUCUCCCAUCCUUCUCCUUGCCACCUGCAGCCUCCCCCACCAGCAGCUGGACCCAGAGAUACAGUCUCUGUUUCGGGAGGAGUAUGGGGAGAUAUAUACCAUGACUGUUCCCAUGCAGCAGGAGAGAACAGAGUUUUUUCGGGAUCUCAUUCUGAAUCAGGCAGCAGAGCCUCCACCGUCCAGGAAUAAAGUGACCCAGAAGGUAGAGAUCCUUCCUGUGGCUCCCCUUCCUUAUCCAAGACAGAUGUCAGAGCAGGAGCGUCUCCGUCUGGAGGAGCAGGAGGAGGAUGUGCUGAGGGAGCUCCGCCUCUUCCUCACUAACCUCACAGAGCGUCUGAUGCUGGACCGCCGCUUCAAGGCCUUCACCAAACCUGUGGACAUCGAAGAGGUGCCAGACUACCUCAUGGUGGUCCAGAACCCCAUGGACCUCUCCACUCUGCUGUCCAACAUCGAUGAACAUAAAUAUGUCACCGUUAAUGAGUUCUUGUCAGACGUAGACCUCAUCUGGCAGAAUGCUCUAGAGUACAACCCAAAGAGAGACCCAGCAGACCGUCACAUCCGUCACCAUGCAUGCACCCUGAAGGACACAAUGCGAACCAUCAUCAGAAAAGAACUGGACAAAGAUUUCCAGAGAAUCUGUGAGGAAAUCCGAGAGUCCCGCAUUGAAAGAGCGUUAUCCUACAGGCCCAGGGCCAAUCUAGACUUGGCCAACAGCCUCUACAACCAGGUCUUCACCCGGAACAGCACUGGACCUCAGGCGCGUAAGAAAAAGUGUUUCAAAUCGACACGAAAAUCCAAGUGGAGCACUGGUGUGCUUAAGAAAUGGCAGCCAAAGAAGACAGCUUCCACCUCCUCCUCCUCAAUGUCCAGCGUAACCAGUUCAGAUUCCAAUGGAAUCAGAGGAGGGAGUGUUUCUACUGACCAAAGCUCUUCUAGUUUAUCAGACAGCAGCGAUGAAGACAGGAACACCUUCCUAACUAUUAACCGGAACCAUCAUGCAUUCAAAUCUCUCCAAAAAAGGCUCCAGCAAGUAUACAAUCCGUCCAGCAAUACUCCCAAAAUUAGCCCGGACCACAGGCAGCAAAACAGGCCUUCAAAGUCCGACCCAGCCCGAAGGAAGGCGCUGACCGAGUUUUAUUUAAAGAAAUUGGAGAGGCAGAGGAAGAGCGAGAUGAGAGCAAACAAGGCCGUCUUCGAGCAAAUGCAGCAGUUCAACAUGGAUAGAUCUGCAGAGAUGGUGAAAGAGCAAGCCCCCCCGCUGGUAGUGGAUCAUAAAAAGCUGAAAGAUCUGCUGAGCAGAGCUGUAGCUAAAACAGAGGGCACUGAGGUGGAGCCUCUGGAGAAGCUUUAUGCCCUGUUGGCUCAAUGCAUCUACAGACACAGAAACAACUAUGACAAGACGGAGCUCAUUAAGGAAAUGAAGAAAGAGGUUGACAACUUCUCCUGAGCAGUGAUAACAAAAACUGAGUCACUCUAAAUGAAAAGUAUUUUUAUUGUUUAUUCUAUUUAUUAAGAUAUAUUUAUAAAAUUAGAAAAAAUCUAAAUACCUCAGUAUCUAAAGUGUUGCAUCAGAUCAUAUUAACAUUUAUUUCUUUAAUAUUUUUGAAAGUAAAAAAAAAAACAAGCUUAUUACUAUCAUGUUUACUUAGAAUGUUUAUCAUGAUGUGCACUUUAUAAAAGUGUAGGUCUGGGUAAAUUAAAAACAAUGUGUGUUUUGGGUUAUUAAAAUGUCAUCGUUUAGUGUUGGUUUUCUCUGUUGCUCAAUUUGUGGGUUUUUUUUGUUCUUGAAAACAAAAUUUUUCAUGCUUUCUGUCUGCAGGAGUUAGAAAUUCAGGAUUUAUUUGAAUAAAUUGUUGUGAAAUUGUUAUAA